GUUUUCAUUUUAUGAAUUUCCUUCAAAGUUGACUUUCUUGAUAAUAUUGACCUACUUAACAUUGGCGACGGAAAAACAUUUCUGCUCUUAUUUUUACGAUAAAGAGUUUUGGUAUAUCCAUGGACUAAGGAUGGCUCAGAUUGACCCAAAAAUUGCUGCAAUCAUGGCCCGGAUAGAGGGCGGUACUGACUCAGGUCGAGAAGAAGAGGUUCAGCCAGUUGAACCUGAGCAAGAGGAAGUAAUCAAACCACCCAAAACAUUUGAAGAAUUCCUUAUCAUGGAAAAAAUGAAUGAAUGGCCAGUACGAUUGACAUCUGAAGGUCCAAUGGAAUUACAUGAACACAAAGAUCUUAUGGGCACGCCAGAAGAUAUGGUAGAAAAACUACGUAAUGCUGCUCCAUUGAAUUUUGAGUUACUGGAUGGGAUAGAGGAUCGACUUACAUGCCUAGAAGAGCAGCUCCAUCUCUACGCUGAUAGGAUACUUGUCAACAAAAAGGAUUCUUCCGAGUCACACAGCAGCCUUGGACUAUACACCCCUAAAAGUGGUGCUGUGAUUGAAGCUGAUAGUACCAGGAAAGGAGGUCUUGAUGAUAUAAUGAGACAGGAAGUGGAUGACGCAGUAAAAGAAUCUCGGAAAAAAGCAGUAGAAUAUUGCGAGUUCCCAGGAUUCAGACGGACAGAACUGUCGGAACUCCCAAAUAAACUGGAAGCGCCACCUAUUCUUCAUAGAGUAACUAAGGCCCAAGAUUUUAAUCCAUUGUUUCAAGGUCCUUUAGAGCCAGGGUUCCGGAAGUUCUGGAAAAAGAUUUUUCUCUCUGAAGCGUCAGUUGCUGUGAUGCAGGACAUGUUUUGGUGGUACUUCCUCUAUAGAUAUCAUAAAUCAGAGAAGUCUGCCCAAGAUCAGCUUUUUGAUAGAAUUGCUGACAGUUUUGUUGCGUUACUAAACAGUAUAAACCAUGAAAUCAAAGAUAAAUUUUUCACAGUUUACCCUGACUGUCUUGCCCAAGCCAUAUAUUCCGCAUACUGGGAGGCCUUCCCCGACUCUAGGCCGCAGUUCCGUGAUGAAUUUAAACAAGAAAUCGCAGACCUAGCACAUGAGUGGACGUCAGGGGUUCGACCACCAGCCGGAACUUGGAAAGGAUGGAAUGUGAAACGUCUUGAACCAAAACUUCCUAGAGCUGUCCAGGAAAGCAAGAGCAAACACAUAGUCCAAGCUGCAUCAUUGAAUAAACAUGUGAAACUUAGUCUCGAUAUUGAUUCAUUUGAGAAGUUAAUUAACAAACUGGGGGAGGAAGAGACUGUUGGAACAGCCGUUGUACCAGGAGCACGUUCAGAAAGCCAGCCUAAUCAAAUGGGUUCAAGAGAGGUUACCCGUGGGACAGAAUUGACCAAUGCCACAUCUUAUGUUCCCGCAACUCUCCAUACUAUAUCUCAGUCCAGACAAGCACAAUGUGGUACCCCCAGGCGGGACCCAAAGGAGUCUAGUCAAAUGGGGCCUGGUCCAGGAUUUGAAAGAGUUAUGUUCAACCUGUCUGGUCGCAGCCCAUUGAUUGCCCAUUACCUCCACAUGAAACAACUCAAGUCCAAUGUUCAGCCUGGUAGACGUGUGAGAAGAACGGAAAAAUCGCUCGAAAAAGAACAAUUGUACCAAGAACCCACUUAUAGAGAAAUUAUAGAAGACAGCAGACAGAAAUCUGUAAAACUUGGUCAAGAGUAUAAAAAGAUCUGUGAUGUUACACAUCAGGAGAUUAUGAAAGUGGAAAAGAAACGACGAGAGACGAAUAGAGAAAUUGAUCGCUUACGUAAAGAGGUUCUCUUAGUGAGAAGUAACCUAGAGUUAAAGAUUCUAAGCGAGAAGAUUUUAGACAAAAAAGAUAGAGAAUCGACCAUACCUCGUGGCAUCAGGAAAGUGUCUGAAACUGCAGAUUUCACCAAUGGACAUGAUGAUGAUGAAGAAGAAGAACAAUAAUUUUUAAAACUCAAG